CGACGGCGGGCAGCCGCAGCACCCGGGCAUGCCCCCGCGCGGCGACAACUUGAGCGCGGGCGCCGCGCUCCUGCUCGCCCACGCGCUGCAGCAGCAGCUCGCCGGCAUGGCUGCCUCCCAGCCAGUGGUUGAGCCGCCGGCCGCUGUGCAGCGCAUCGUCGCCGCGCGUCCAGCGGAGGCGGCCGGCGAGGGCGUGGACGGGCUGCUACUGCUCUCUGCGUGCGCCGACGCGCAGGUCCCGGCGUCGCCCUCCUCCUCCGCCUCCUCUACCGCCUCCGCCACCGCCUCCUCCGCCGCCUCCCCGGCCGCCUCCCCGGCCGCGUCUGCCCCGCCCGCCCCCACGGCGUCUAGCCCGCCGCCGGUGCAGCUAGUGCCGCUGACCGCUUGAGGGCGCGGCCGCGACCCGGCUCGAGCGAGCUACAGCCGCUCGCCGGUCGUUCCCUGCCUCUGCUGACUCCCAUGACUGCCGGCCAUAUUGGCACCGCAUGUGUCCCCUGGUGAGAGCGUGGCGCGCUAUUGUGUUUCGAGUAGUCGCGCACCUAGGCGGGCCGCAUGUCGCUCUGAUGGGCAUGUGCGAGCCCCGCGUCCGUGCUGCGCACGCGCCGUGUGUAGACCGAUACCCAGCCCUGCACCUCACGCUCCAUAGCUUGUGCGUGGUGUAUGUGUGGGGAGGGGUGGAUGGAUGAUAGACGAGAGAUUGGGGGCUUUCGGGCAUCGGGUACUGGCACAUGUGUCGCAUGUCCUCACGCUCAUGCGGUCAUGUGUCAUAUCUCAUGGUCUGUCUCCGUGCAUUUGUUACGAGUUUACAAGAGCACCCGGC